CUCAGUUGCGAUGGAUCUCGUCAUAUUUGUAGCAUCUUUGAUUAUACUGUUGGCUUCUGCAUACCUGCUGUUUACCCCGAGAAAAUCGGACGCUCCUCCCUGCAUUAAAGGAUGGAUUCCGUGGUUCGGUGCGGCUUUUGAGUUCGGAAAAGCUCCUCUGCAUUUCAUCGCACAAGCCAGAGAGCAGUACGGACCCGUUUUCACCGUGUUCGCCGCCGGGAAGCGCUUGACCUUCGUGACCCAGCACGAAGACUUCCGCACAUUUUUCACAUCCAAAGGUGUGGAUUUCGAGCAGGCGGUGCAGGAACCCGUCCGCAACGCAGCCUCCAUCAGCAAGAAGAGUUUCUAUCGAUACCACCCAGCAUGCAACCCUCUGAUCAAGGGCCGCCUGUCUCACAAUAACCUGGCCCUGCUCUCCGCCCCCCUGUGCGAGGAGUUCAACCACCACCUGGAGCUCCUGGGGACUGAAGGUUCUGGAGACCUCAGCGACCUGGUCAGGAGCGCCAUGUACCCGGCCGUGAUGAGCAACCUCCUGGGGAAGGUGAACUCCCCCGACGGUCCCGCUGCCACGCGCCUCUUUCUGGACGCGUUCCGCGUGUACGACGAAGGUUUCGAGUACGGCUCCCAGCUACCCGCCGUCUUCCUCAGGAAGUGGGCAAAGUCGAAGCGCUGGCUCCUGUCCCUGCUCAGCGACAUGAUCUCCAGAGCAGAGAGCAGCAAACCCGCCGAGCCCGGCGCCCAGACGCUGCUCCAUCACCUCAUCGCCCUGAUAAAAGAUGAAUUCCAGCCCAACUACGGCGUCCUCAUGCUCUGGGCCUCUCUGGCCAAUGCCAUACCUAUAACCUUCUGGGCCAUCGCCUUUAUUCUUGCCAGUCCGGCGGUGUAUCGGACUGCAAUGGAGCAGAUCGUUGCAGCCCUUAAAGACCAAGGCACGGGGCGGACGUGCGUGUCGGCCGACCAUCUGAGCCGCAUGCCCUACGUCAAGUGGUGCAUCAUGGAGGCCAUCCGACUCCGGUCCCCGGGGGCCAUCGCUCGGCGGGUUGUGCAGCCGCUCCGAAUGCAGGGCUACGUUAUCCCACAAGGUGAUCUGCUGAUGCUGUCCCCUUACUGGGCCCAUCGGAACCCGCGCUUUUUCCCCGACCCGGAGGAGUUCCGGCCUGAGCGGUGGGAGACGGCCGACUGGGAAAAGAACGUCUUCUUGGAAGGGUUCGUGGCCUUUGGAGGAGGACGCAACCAGUGCCCGGGAAGGUGGUACGCCUUGAUGGAGAUCCACAUGUUUGUGUCCCUCAUCCUCUUCAAGUACGAGCUCUCGCUGCUGGACGCCCCGCCCACCCCGAGCCCCCUGCACCUGGUGGGCACCCAGCAGCCGAGCGGGCCCUGCUCCGUGAAGUACGCGCACAGGUAGGGGGGUCCGGCCGUGCCGCCUCGUCUGGGCCGCCCAUCCCCCACCCCAAGAGCUUCUCCACAGCGACCAGCCCUGGCACAGAGACUCUGGGAAUUUGUGCUCAUUCCAUAAACACUGGGCUCGUGGAAACAUCUGUACGCUUUUAAAGACAGCAGUGGUCCUAAAGGAGCGAAAACGGCGAAUUACAGCAAGAACGUGCGAAUGUUCAUCGGGGGGGGGGGGGGACGACAAAUAAAAUCUAAGCAGUGCAUUUUACUGAAAUUGUAUUAUUGUGAACCUGUGUGAGAAACGCAGUGACAAACCUGCACUUCCAGUGUUCAAAAAUGAACUUUGCAGUGAUUUGCCCUUUUAUCCACCAGAGUAAUAAUUACUGUGUCAGUUCAGGGUAAGUACCUUUUUCAGGGGUACUUCAGCAAGAGUGGGAUUCGAACUUCACUCCUUAUGGUCCUUAUAGAAACGAACUAAGGGUUUGUUAUUAUUAACUCAUUUAAGUGACAUCGUGACAUGCUUCACUAAGGGUUGGGGGAGGGGCAGGACAGGGGGAGGGAACAGGUGCCCCCAGCAUAUCUGAAGCCAGGUAAUUCAUAUUUAACGCUAUAUGUCAUCAUUGUUUUAUAUAGAAAUACCUUUUAUUUUUGGUGUUUGACUGGAUGUAGGUGGCAUAUUUUUCAGUAACCUGACACCGUGGAAAUUUGCGUUAUACACAGUAUAUAUAGUACAUCUUUAAUGACACUAGUAACAUAUGUGUUUUUUAAGAAUAUAGUCACUGGUUUGGGAGUUUUUUGUUUUCCUUCCCUCAGUUGCCAGCUCAUUUAUUCUGUACCUUUAAUACGUACUGCUGUUCUUACAGUAACUAAACAUACAGCUACUGUAACCUUGUGUCUCUGGGCUCACUUUAUAGCUCUUAUAUCUUUCUUUUAUGUCUCUGGAUCCUUUGGAUCCUUUGUUCACUAUGUAACUCAACUGAACUUGAUUGUUUGGUUUUGUUCUUAGUAUAAUGGUCACACUUACAUAUUGGUUGGUAGUGUAGCGGUUAGAGCCGCUGCCUUUAGACCCCCAAGGUAAUAGGUUUGAAUCUCAU